CUGGAAUUGCUGGUAAGUAGCUCAGCGUCAGUGUUGUUUCAUUUGCUUGCUUUCCACUACCUCUAGCUGAAUCCCUUUUCUGCCUGUUUUAGUUUUAUCAGGCUGAAAAUAAAGUGUGGUCCCCCCUACUUAGGAUGUUUGGAAAGUUCAAGCUGUUUACUAAAUAUUAGUUUUCUAAAAUGUUCUUUAAGUGCUUCGUGUAUUUUUUCUUCUAUGUUAGUGUAUUGUUUGUUACAUUUAACGAUUGGGUUGGCUUGUGACUCUAAAGUGAUUGCUCAAUGUAAGGAUAUCCAUUUUAAAUUGUACUGUGAGCGUAUGUGGGCUUCCCAGGUGGCAUAGUGGUGAAGAAUCUGCCUGCUAAUGCAGGAGAUGCAAGAGAGUUGGGUUCAGUGCCUGGGUCAAGAACAUCCCCUGGAAAAGGGAAAGGCUACACAUUUCAGUAUUCUUGCCCUGAAAAUUCCACAGCCAGAGGAAGCCUGAUGGGCUACAAUCCAUGGAGUCAUAAGAGAGUCAGACAAGACUGAGCACACAUGGGGGUAGGUAUGUGAUCGUUGCUGAGGGCAGAGGGUGGGGUCCCAGCAGGGAGUUGGCAGAGAGUGUGCUGGUAGUUUUCAAGCUUUGGGUUUUGCAAGAUGGUGAUUGGUUGAAUGUAGCUGGCUGCAGAACAGGGUACCUGUUGAAGUGUGGCAGCGCUGGCAUGGGCCAUAUUUGUGCUUGGCUGAUCAUGAAAAUUCCAGGUGAGAUCAAAGGAUUUCUGCCCUUGGAAGGGGCCUUGAAGACCCUGUGGGCCAGAGUUAGUUUUCAGGUGGGAUAAAGAGCCAUUGGGUGACUGCACGGCCAUGUGGCCCGGCUGUAGGUCACCGCCUGAGAGUCCAUGUCACUGCAGUUCUGUCGACCUUGUGAGCUGUGUCCCGACGCGUGCCCCGCAGCUCCUGCUCAGGAAGAAAAGGCUUCUCUUUUGCAUCGUACUCAGGAAGAAAGAAAAAAGAGAGAGGAAGAAAGGCGAAGAUUGAAAAAUGCAAUAAUUAUCCAGUCAUUUAUUCGAGGCUAUAGAGACAGAAAACAGCAAUGUUCCAUCCAGAGGACUGCGUUCGACCGCUGUGCCAGCCCGGCCCAGUCUGGCGGCACUUUUCCCCUUGCCAGCGGCCCCAACCUUACCCUCCUGGUGAGGCAGCUUCUGUUUUUUUACAGACAGAGUGAAGACUCCAAACGUUUGAUAUGGAUGUAUCAGAACCUGAUUAAACACAGCGCUCUGUUUGUCCAGCAGUUGGAAGGAUCUGAACGACUCACAUGCUUGUUUCAAAUAAAGAGGUUGAUGAGCCUCUGUUGCAGGUUGCUGCAGAGCUGUAACGAUGACAGUCUGAAUGUUGCGCUUCCCAUGAGGAUGCUGGAGGUGUUCUCCUCUGAGGACACUUAUUUGCCUGUUUUACAAGAUGCUAGCUACGUGGUGUCCGUCAUUGAACAAAUUUUGCACUACAUGAUUCAGAAUGGGUAUUAUAGAUCUCUCUAUUUGUUAAUUAACAGCAAGCUUCCAUCAAGUAUUGAAUAUUCUGAUUUAUCUCGAGUUCCUAUAGCAAAAAUUUUGCUAGAGAAUGUUUUAAAACCAUUGCACUUUACUUACAACUCCUGUCCAGAAGGUGCAAGGCAACAGGUUUUUACAGCCUUCACGAAGGAGGUCCUGGCGGCCCCCUUCACGGAGCAGAUCUUCCACUUCAUCAUCCCUGCCCUGGCGGACGCGCGGACCGUCUUCCCCUACGAGCCCUUCCUGGCUGCACUGCUGUCCCUGGAGGGCGGACGCUCCACCACCAGCGGGGGGGCGCCCUGGCUCUUCUACUUCGUUCUAACUGUUGGUGACAAUUAUUUGGGUAUGAAACGUAGGAUGUCCUGCGAGCUCACACAGAGGCAGCGCACGCUCUCCGAGGAUGGGCUGCUGGUGUACCUGCGAGUCCUCCAGGCCUUCCUUUCCCAGUUGCCUGUCUCACCCGCCAGCGCCAGCUGCCAGGAUGCGGCCAGCGACUCCGACGACGAGGAGGGGGAGGAGACUGACAGGCAGACGAGCACUCCGGAGGACGGGCGGCUGUCGGUGCUCUACAUCGCCGAGGAGUGUCUGAAGAAGCUGGACACGAAGCAGCAGACCAACACCCUGCUGAGCCUGGUGUGGAGGGACUCGGCCAGCGAGGAGGCCUUCACGCUGAUGGCGGCCAUCUGCCACACGCUCAUGGUGCAGCACCGCGUCAUGGUGCCCCGGGCCAGGCUUCUCUACAGCUUAGCCUUCAAUGCCAGGUUUCUGAGACAUCUCUGGUUUCUCAUCUCCUCCAUGACAACGCAGAUGAUCACAGGGUCUAUGGUACCAUUGCUUCAGGUGAUAUCAAGGGGCUCACCUAUGUCUUUUGAAGAUUCUAGUAGAAUCAUCCCACUCUUUUACCUGUUUAGCUCCUUGUUCAGUCACUCACUGAUUUCCAUACAUGACAAUGAAUUCUUCGGAGACCCCAUAGAAGUUGUAGGUCAAAGACAAUCGUCAAUGAUGCCUUUUACUUUAGAAGAGCUGGUAGUGUUGUCUCGAUGCCUUCGCGACGCGUGCUUAGGGAUCAUCAAACUGGCAUACCCAGAGACAAAGCCAGAAGUUCGAGAAGAAUAUAUCACCGCCUUUCAAAGUAUUGGAGCAACUACCAGUUCUGAAAUGCAGCAGUGUAUACAGAUGGAGCAGAAGCGAUGGAUUCAGUUAUUUAAGGUCAUCACCAACCUGGUGAAGAUGCUGAAGUCCAGGGACACACGGAGGAACUUCUGCCCCCCCAAUCACUGGCUGUCAGAGCAAGAGGAUAUUAAAGCAGAUAAGGUCACCCAGCUCUACGUCCCGGCGUCCAGGAGUGCAUGGCGGUUCCGGCGCAUGGGGAGGAUCGGGCCCCUGCGGUCCACGCUGGACGUAGGUCUGGAGUCCCCGCCGCUGUCCGUGUCCGAGGAGAGGCAGCUUGCCAUCCUGACCCAGCUGCCCUUUGUGGUUCCGUUUGAGGAGCGGGUGAAGAUCUUUCAAAGGUUGAUUUAUGCAGAUAAGCAGGAAGUUCAAGGAGAUGGUCCAUUUCUGGAUGGAAUUAAUGUCACAAUAAGAAGGAAUUAUAUUUAUGAAGAUGCUUAUGACAAACUUUCCCCGGAAAAUGAGCCUGACUUGAAAAAGCGGAUCCGUGUGCACUUACUGAAUGCGCACGGCCUGGAUGAAGCCGGCAUUGACGGUGGUGGUAUUUUCAGAGAGUUUCUAAAUGAACUACUGAAGUCAGGGUUUAACCCCAACCAGGGGUUCUUUAAGACCACUAAUGAAGGGCUUCUGUACCCCAACCCAGCCGCUCAGAUGCUUGUGGGCGAUGCCUUUGCCAGACAUUACUACUUCCUGGGCAGGAUGCUUGGAAAGGCUCUCUAUGAGAACAUGCUGGUGGAGCUGCCCUUCGCCAGCUUCUUCCUGUCCAAGCUGCUGGGGACCAGCGCGGAUGUGGACAUCCACCACCUGGCCUCCCUAGACCCCGAGGUGUACAGAAACCUGCUUUUCCUCAAGAGCUACGAGGGCGACGUGGAGGAGCUGGGGCUGAACUUCACGGUGGUGAACAACGACCUCGGCGAGGCACAGGCAAUUGAACUGAAAUCUGGUGGGAAGGACAUCCCAGUGACCAGUGCCAAUCGCAUUGCGUACAUCCACCUGGUGGCCGACUACCGGCUGAACCGGCAGAUCCGCCCACACUGCCUGGCGUUCCGGCAGGGCCUGGCCAACGUGGUGAGCCUGGAGUGGCUGCGGAUGUUUGACCAGCAGGAGAUCCAGGUGUUGAUUUCUGGUGCACAAGUUCCCAUAAGUCUGGAGGACCUAAAAUCCUUUACAAACUAUUCAGGAGGCUACUCUGCCGAGCACCCCGUGAUCAAGGUCUUCUGGAGAGUCGUGGAGGGCUUCACAGACGAGGAGAAGCGCAAACUGCUCAAAUUUGUGACCAGCUGUUCCCGGCCCCCCCUCUUGGGGUUUAAGGAGCUGUACCCCGCGUUCUGCAUCCACAACGGGGGCUCCGACCUGGAGCGGCUGCCCACAGCCAGCACCUGCAUGAACCUGCUGAAGCUCCCCGAGUUCCAGGACGAGGCGCUGCUGCGGAGCAAGCUCCUGUAUGCCAUCGAGUGCGCCGCGGGCUUCGAGCUGAGCUGACACGUGGCGGCGGCCCACCCUCUGCGGAGACGGCCGGGCCUGCGCGCCCCCCGGCUAGCAGGGCGCGCGCCGGACUCCCAGCUCUCCCGGGUCCCUCCCCGCCACCCCUCCCUGCAUUUUUAAGUGAUUUAUUAAGUUGUGCUCACCUAUUUAGAUGGACAUUGCUUUUCAAAUAACUUAAAAUAACAGAUGUUACAUGCCACGUGGCUAACAUAGUAAUUUUGCCAAGAAGAGCACAGUUUUAAGACUGGUGGCAACUCAGUGAAAUUAACCAAAGAUGAAGCUUUGGCUCUACUGCGGACGAGCCCCCCAAGCUGGCGACCCGGCGCCUGGCGGGGGCGCUGCUCGGACCUGCCUCCAGUCUGCAGAGACACGGGCCUCUGGGGGCCACUGCUUCUCGUGUGGUUGAAUUGUUUACAAGCCUCAUUGUUAAAACUAAAGGCUUUUUUUUUUUUUUCCUGCUGCCUUUUCCCAAAGUGGUUAGGUUGGAAAAUAGAUAACAAUGGUAAUAUUUUAUUUGUGUUUUUUAAGCCAUCUCCCCAGAACGGGACUAGCAUGCUUGUUUCCGGUCUGCCGCUGACCUGCAUCGUCAUGGUUUGGACAUUGCUGUGUGUGGGUGUGUGUGAGGCGGGUCCUUCACUCUCUUCCUUUCUGUCUCCACCUCGUGCCUGGAGAGCUUUCGGGGUGGGGGGAGGGGGCCUCCGUCCUGCGCGGGUGCGACCCGCGUGAGCGAUGCUGGGGGAGGAGGCCCGCAGCCCCUCCCGAGUCACUUGAACCAAAGUGGCGCUGCGCCUUUGCACUGCGGCCUGGGCCGCGCCCCCUUGCUUCCCGGUGCUGCGGUGCUGGGCGGGGCGGUCCUCUCGGGAUUCGGCACUUUAUCGGCACCUGGCGAGGGGAGCGUCUGAGAACUCGCCGGAGGACGCAGGUGCUGGCCGGUGUUCGCUGUCACUGGAGCUCUGGGCUGGCGUGGGGGACGGGCCACAAUUAGCAAUAUCCUUUUAAAUGUGGGGGAGCCGAAUGACACUUUUAAGACAAUGACCAUUAUCAAAACAAAAUGUAUAAUUUCUUAAUUUGAAGAAUAAAUUAAGUGUUUAAAUGCUAUUUGUAGUCUUGAUAUACAGAAAUAAAAUAAUUAGGGUUUGUCCUUGGUUUUAUUUUUUUAUUUUAGGUCGUUUUAUGUUGGAUGGUCUAUAUCUUCUUUACUUAUUAAUUAUUUGUAUAUUAGCAGUAUUUUGGAAAUGGAAUAUCUGGGACUGAAGAGAAAUGGGCAGUUACUCUUAACUUGGAUUUUCUUCCUCGGCUAUUCUGAGCUUAUUUAUUUAUUUGUAUGUUCCAAUGGCUAAAUAUUUGCAUUAAAUUUUUUUCCCAAGUUUGUGUUGGAGUCAUACCCCAAAUCAUUGUGAUUGGUUCUGUUCUGCCCUAGUAAAGCCACAGCUUCUAAA